AUAGUUUCAAUUUCGUUUGGAAAAUUCAGUUGAGUGCAUUGAUUAUUUUUAACCUCGGAAAUUUGCGAUUUUUUCAUGGACUCGCUCAAGUGGAUAAUUUUUGUUGGCGUGUUAACGUCAACUGCAGCGGCGAACCUCCCCUUAUCAGAAUCGUCUGAAGAGAAUUACGUUGACGGUGUUGCCGCUAAAGACGACGACGGCAAUGUAACCGACGGCGAAAGUAUAACCGAUGUUGGAAUCUGCAAAUUACCUCCCAUCAAUUACUCCACGAAUCAGCGACACUGCAGUGGAUUUAUUCCGCGAUGGUAUUACCACGUCCAGUCAAGUUCUUGCAAAAAGUUUUUCUGGGACGGCUGUUGGGGCACAAAGAACCUAUUCAGAAAUGAAUUUGCUUGUCUGGCUAGAUGCAACAAACAAGGAUUACAGCAGAAAAUCAGUGAAAGCGACCCAUCAACUCCGUGUAUGCAACCGAAAGCCGUCGGCUCUUGUCGUGCCUCCAUUCCGAGUUAUUUUUUCGACAUGCAAACGGGACAAUGUACGCCUUUUAAUUACGGUGGAUGCGGUGGCAACGACAACAGAUUUAAAUCGUACCACGAAUGCGAUUUCAAGUGUAAUCGCAUAGAGCAAGCCCCUCUCACUCGGCCGCAAUUCGCCAAUUCGAUAACCAAUGCGUCCGCCGUCACAAUUUCUGCUGCAGCGGAGAAAGUAACUGUUGUCCAAAUGACGAAAGAGGAGAAAUGCAGUUUACCUCCGGUUGAGCUAAUUAAUAAUUCCAGUUGCUUGGCUUUCAUUCCUUCCUGGACUUUCGAUUCGACAGCCGGUGAGUGCAGGCCUUUCCUGUAUGAGGGAUGUGGUAAAACAGCCAACCUAUUCAACUCGGAGGACGAAUGCAAUACGGCCUGCGGUCCUGAACCUACUACUAGUGGCCCAGCAUUAAGUCCUCCACCUCCGUGUUUGCAACCAAAAGUCAUCGGACCUUGCCGGGCAUCUAUUCCGAGAUUCUUUUUCGAUGCAACGACUGGAGUCUGCACACUUUUUAACUACGGCGGUUGCCGCGGCAACGAUAACAGAUUCAUAUCGGAGAAAGCUUGUCAAUUGGCCUGCUCCGGUUCAGAUGUCGGAUUGGGCAUGUCCGAGGACGAACUACUACCAGUCUCGGCUGAGUCGGAAGAGAUUUAAAAAAAAAAGAUAGUCAUCGUUAGCCUUCAAAUUCUAAAUGACUGAUUAAAACGGAUAUUUAAUUUCCCUUUCCAAUCGAUGCCUUUUGUUCUCACGAUUAUAUUACAUGAUUCUCCUGGCUCAGUUUUCAAA